AUGAGUGUCCGCGUUGUAGCCAGGAUACGGCCUUUGCUUGAGAAGGAGCUCGAGAAGGAGAUCAUUGUCAGGGCAGACAGCGCGGAGGCUGGCGCGCCAAACACCAUUGUCAAGAUCCCCAACCCAAAGAACAAUGGCGAGGAGUUCUCGUUCGCCUUUAAUGGCGUCUACGACCAAAACGUCAACCAGGAGGGUUUGUUUACUGCCGAAGCAGUGGCGCCACACCUCAAGUCUCUUUUCCAAGGUUACGAUGUCACGAUAUUCGCCUACGGUGUCACCGGUACGGGAAAGACGCACACGAUGCGAGGCGGUCUGAAGCUGGCCGACCGAGGGGUGAUUCCCCGACUGCUCAGCAAUGUGUUCAGGAGAGGCAAGAAGAUCAUGAAGGACACGCAGGGUGAGACAACCGUCCAGGUUGCCCUGUCGUACUACGAGAUCUACAACGACAAGGUCUACGACCUCCUCGAGCCUCCUGAGAAGCGGACGCCUACUGGGCUGCCGCUGCGAGCCGAGGCCAAUGGCAGGACGGUAGUUGUUGGUCUGUCGGAGCGAUCAUGCGAGGACCUCAAGGACUUUGAAAAGAUGUAUAUCGAGGCCAACAACAACCGCGUCACGGCAGCCACCAAGCUCAAUGCUCACAGCAGUCGUAGCCACGCCAUCCUCCGCGUCAAGCUGACGCAGACGACUGGAGAUAUGGUUCGGGAGAGCACCGCGUCGGCCAUUGACUUGGCUGGAUCUGAGGAUAACCGUCGCACUGACAAUGGAAAGGAGAGACUGGUGGAAUCUGCCGCCAUCAACAAGAGUCUCUUCGUCCUGAGCCAGUGUAUCGAUGCCAUCGGCCGCGUCAUGAUUCUGAACCUCGCCCCUCUGCGAAGCUACCACCUCGAUACCCUCAGCAGUCUCAACGUCAGCUCCCGCGCGAAGCGCAUCGAAGUCCGAGAGAUUGAGAACGAGAUUGUCUACAAGCAAGUUCCUAGGACGAACUCCAACUUGUCGGGCUCCAACGUCCAGCGCCAGCCGUUGCGACCUCUUGCCAAUGUCCACAACGUUCACAAUGGCAAUAUCGCUACCAAGGCCGCCGAGGCUAACAAGGCUGCUGAGGCCAACAAGCCCGUCAAGGCCUUUAGCGUCUACACGGACAAGACGAAGCCGGCACCUGCCACUCGUCCUCUGGUGAGCUCCAACCUGACUCGCCGAACCAACCCGACCAAGCGACCCUCUGAGAAUGAGACUCUCGUAAGGCCCAGCAAGAUCUCAAGGCCAACUGCCCCGGCAUCCAUCACGGUGUCUGCGGCUCAGAUCGAGGCCAUGGUUGAGAAGAAGGUCAGCGAGAUCCUCGCUGCGCGUGUCGCGGCUGAGAAGGAUGCUCAACCGCCACCUCCAGUUCAGCCUGAGAUUAGCGAUGCGGUUCAGAAGCGUCUGGAGGCUCUGGAGAGGCGGAUUGACAGCGAGGAGUGGCGGGACGACGCCAAGUCGGAUGGGCUGAGGUUCCUGCUGGCUGCCCGGCAGCACAAGGAACGGGGUGAGGACGCGGCCGCCCUCAAGAUGUACGAGAUGGCUCUACCAUUCUUCCCAGGACAGGCGAAGCUCAUCGGCAAGAUUGAGAGGCUACGGACGCGGUUGAAUGGGGGUGCUCACUCGGGCUCUGAGCAUCGAGAGUCUCCCCGCAGGAAGCGAAGACAAGUCUACGAUGAUGCCGAUGGUGACUAUGAAACCGCCGAGGCUGAUGUGGACGAGGAGGAUGGUGCCCGUACCAAGUCCAAGUCUCGCAAGCUCAAGGUGAAGGCUCUGAACACAAAGUCCCUGCUCUCUGGUGACGAUGAGGGCCCUGCGUCUCCUCGUACGCAACACCUCCUUGACAUUGUCAACUCGCGUGAUCUCACUCAGAUCCGAAGCCUCGUCGGCUUCGGUGCCAAGAAGGCUCGUGACUUGGUAGACUACCUCGACCUGGUGGACGGAGACGAGGCCGGUAGCCGAAUCGAGAGUCUUGCACAGCUGAGGACAGUACCGGGCAUGGGAAGCAAGACUAUCGAGAGAGCGUACGAGGGAUUGGUGGCUUAG